GACAGAAGACCUGGACCAGAAGCGAGCCCUGCAAGAGAAGUUCCGAAAGUUCUUGGACAUUGCAGAUGCCAAGAUUGAGAAGCAAGAGAAAAUUUCGGACCGGCUGGGCAUCGUGAAAGCUGAGACUUGGGAGGCUCAGUUGGAUGAUGCCCGCAAAGCAGCUGCCCUUGUGGGCUUGGUCAUAAGGAACGAGGGCAUCACGCAGGAGAUCUCCCGAGACUGGCACAUCGACUACACGUGCCAUCUUGUGCGGCCGUGCAGCUACAAGGGCAACAAGGUCAGCGAGCCCGCUGCUGCAAUCAACUUCGAAGGCAUGACGUUCUUGGGGUUCUUCUUCGCAGCCGGCAGCAGCCUUCAGCUUCGAUCGUGCAAGCCAGAAUUGCAGCAGUCCACCUUGCGAGCUUUCGAGCUCGUCGUGCACACGUUUUGCCCGGCGAGCAUGUCUGGGCAACUUUUGCCAAACGUACCGGCCAGUGACCUUCGCAUUGAGGGUCACGAGGUUGUGGACUGGAGCCGGUUGCUCGACUUCUUCGGGCUCCGCUCGAGGUGGCAGAAGUGCAAGCUCCUUCCCGCAGCACAACAGAAACUGCAGAUGGGAGUCAAAGCAGCCACCGCAGUGUGGUUCAUCUUGCGAAUUCCUCGAGACGAGCUGCUUUGCGAGGCAGAGGUGCAUGCUGCUGAGAACAUGCAAGAGAGCAUGCCACAUCCCGAAGCGGACCACGAGAUUCAUCCCAUGAAGAAGGACGGCCGAGCACUCCGGUUGGAGAGCAAGCCCAAGGCAAUCUUCGCUCUCCAGCGAUUCCUGGCGAAGUCCGCCGGCUUCAUGAAUAGAUCGGACGACAGCACGCUUGAGCAGUUGGGCCUGUCCGACAUCCUCGUUUCGCAUUCUCACAGGCUCAGCUGCGACAUCCUGUACCACUUUUGGCAGAAGAGCUUCGAGGAGCUGCAACAUGCUUUGGAAAAGCAGAGCUGCAAGAGUGUGCUGCUCAUGUCUGAUGCUUCUCCGAAAGGCAAGCUGGACGCCUGGUGUCCCCUUCUGUUUGCCGGCGACCUCGCCCUGAUUGCUCCCUUUCAGAGGAUGUCGGCACUGCUGCCAAGCACUGUGAGCGACAAGGUGAAGAUGCAGGAAGCCCAACGGGUUGCCGACGAUUUCGCAGCCCAGGCCAUAGACAAGGACCCGAGCCGAAACAAGAAAGUGCCGAAGAUCCUCGGCCUCAUCAAGCAGCGACGUCUCGCUGCACGGGAGGAACUGCAGGCGGUGAUGCACACUCUUAGCCUGGCAGGCCUCGAACUCCGCAAGCCCGACAGGAUACUGAGGCCCCCCGACCUCAGGAGUGGCGAGGUCCGCCUGACCAAUGCAUCUCUCGGACCGAUGCUGUGGAACACGGAGACUGGGGUUGCUCAGUGGGACGUCGUGUUACCGGAGGAUUGCCAGGAGCUGCGACUGGUGCUGGCCCCCGACGAGGGCGGGCCUCUCUGGGCUGGAUUCCAAUGGCUUGCCAAGCAGGGGUACCGCAUCGGCUUUCUGCCGGAUCUUCUGUCGCUUGUCUUACACUUAACUCAUUCCCUUGGAUUGAGACUGCAUUGUCUUCCAGUCUUUCGUGCCAGGCAAACCAUAGUAAUAGACCAAGGCACAAGCUUCAGAAUGCAUACCAACGGCUGCUGA